AAAAAACGUUUAAAAGCAUGAGAAUUGUAUUACAGGGCCCAAUCGAACUAGCACCACAGGAAAAUAGUUUUUUUUUUGUUUUUAUGGUAUGAACCAAACGAGAACAGUUGUACACCAACUUGAUGACGAUUAUUGAUGGGAUACACCAACCACCCAAUUUAUGUAGAUCAUAAAUAUAAAAUAAAGUCUUCCGUCUUCACUUGGAGAUCUCAUCAAACUAAUUAACAAACCCCUUUGAUUCAUUCAUUUGUACCCGAUCAAAAGAAUGGCUACAGAAGCAGUAGACCUACCAAUUCAUGAGCACCCUCUUUUUCCUUCGGCUCGAUGUAUUGAUGAUGAAUGUGAUGGCUGCCAUGUAAAUGGUUUCAUGUACGCCGGCUACUUUUGCAAUGAACCUUACUGUUAUGUUUGGUUCCAUAAGGACUGUGCUGAGGCCCCAGGGGAGAUCAGCCAUAGUUCCCACCCUGAACAUCCUCUCCUGCUCACCAAUGACUCGAAAGAUGGUCCAUGUGAUUUGUGUGGACAAAAGCUAUUGACUCCCUGUUAUAGUUGUCCCACAUGUGAGUUCAAGGUGGAUUUGACUUGUGGUAUGAAACCGUCACCGCCUGCUAUCGAACAUCCGCUGUGUCAUGAUCAUGCUGUCGUCUUCUUGAAGAUACGAGAGGAGAAGGUUCCUUGUGAAUUAUGCAAGGAGUCUAUUGAAGGUCCAUCCUAUUCAUGUCUUGAAUGCGAUAUGUAUUUCCACGUGAACUGCGUCCAUCUCUCGGAAGAGGUAAAUCAUCCUUGUCAUUCUAUUCAUCCUCUCAAGUUAAUCACAUCUGAGUCACUUACGGAUGAUGCCGAGAAAAGUUGUCUUUUAUGUGGAAAUAUACCAGCUGAAAAUAUGCUUUAUCAUUGUUCCGUUUGCAAUUUCACAUCGUGCCUUGGUUGUACCAAAAACCCACCACUCCUUGUUAUUGAGCAUAUGAAGACCCACAAACACCCACUUACUCUCUUACCUAGAAGAAUCUCAUGUAUCUGUGACGUUUGUGGGAAGAAAUGCCAGUUUACGGCGUAUGUAUGUCUUCAGUGUGAUUUUGUUACCGCAAGAAAGUGUAUCGACAGGCCCCGUGUCAUCAAUAUCAAUCGUCAUGAUCAUCGCAUAUAUUUAACUCAUCAUCUCGGCACUGGGUAUUCGGAAUGCGGAGUUUGUCACAAAAAUGUAAGUCAGUACAAGGGGGCUUACUCUUGCUCUGUUUGCCCUAACUAUGCUGUUCAUUCUACAUGUGCCGUGAGAACUGACGUAUGGGAUGGCGUAGAAUUGGAAGGGACCACUGAGAUCACAGAAGACAUUUCACCAUUCAAGGUGGUGGGUGAUAACUUGAUAUGCCAUUUUAGUCAUGAAGAGCAUCAAUUAAAGCUUCACAAAGAAGACGUCAUUCAUGAUGAGCGCAGACGCUGUGAAGCAUGUAUCCAUCCAGUUCAAUUUGGCUCCAUCUAUGUUUGUGAAGAAGAGGAAUGUUGCUUUGUUCUCCAUGAAAAGUGUGCUAAUCUUCCUAUGAAGAAAAGACUUGUCUUUGGCACCAGACCGUACACAUUAAUGAAAGAAACUACCGAAAUUACACACUGCGAGUUGUGUGGAAUAUUAUCUGAUGGUUUCGCGUACAGCUCCCAUGAGUGGUCGGAUGUAGAUGUGCAUUGUGGUUCCCUUAAUGAGCCGCUCGUCCAUGAUGGCCAUAUACAUCCCUUAUAUUUUGCAAAAAAAGAGGAACACACUUGCGAUGGAUGCCAAAAGAGUAUAGAAGAUUAUAUGCUUCGUUGUAAAGCUUGUGACUUUGAUUUGUGUUUGUAUUGUGCUACUUUACCAGAAAAGAUUUGGCAUAGGAACGAUGGGCACCCUCUCACUUUAUGUUGUGGUGAGAAGGAAGAGGCGAGCGGUAAAUAUUGGUGCGACAUUUGUGAGAAGGAAUUAGAUCCAAGUAUAUGGUUCUAUACAUGUUAUGAUUGUGGAGUCACCUUGCAUGCUCAGUGCGUACUAGGAGAUUUCUCACGUCUCGUGCUAGGACAAAUCUACUCCUUUGGGGAAAAAGAAAUCGAGUUUGAGGCGGUUCCUAACAAUAUCAACACUCGGCCAUUUUGCAUCCAGUGUAACUCUCGAUGCAAGGUCUCCGUCAUCCUAAAGAUCCUAAAGGAUUCUGAAGAUGGUUCUGAUGAUGGUUCUGAUGAUGUUUCUGAUGAUGUUUCUGAUGAUCCUUCUAAUGAUGUUUCUGAUGAUACUUCUGAUGAUGAUUCUGAUGUUGUUUCUGAUGUUGUUUCUGAUGAUGCUUCUAAUGAUGAUUCUGAUGAUACGUCGGAUGAUCACAAUGGGUAUAUCUGCUCCCGAUCAUGUUUAUCGAGUUAUUUGGGUGAAGAAAUUUGAACUUACGUUUUGAUGAUAAUGAGUGGUUCUAUCUUGCUUGUAUUAUUUCAUUAGCGUUCCUAUUUCUCUUUUUAUUUCCAAGAACUGAUAUGUAAUACAUAGUGAUUUUUGUUUUCUAAUGGUAAAUGCUGGUUAUUAUAUAUUAUACACCAAUACUGAAAAAGUCACAGAUGCACAGAUUGAUCAAACCGGC